AUGGCAGCUGUUGCUCCUUCUUCUCAUAAAACUGCAGAUUUAAUGCAAAAUUUUACCCUGGAUUCUGAGUCCAAAGCCAUUGGAGUUGCUGAGCGUGCGAAGAAGUCUAUUCGUGUGCUGAAUGGACCUGGUUUUUCCAAGGGUGCAGCUAAAGGGAUGGGCAAGCCGUUCAAUCCAAAUUCAAGCUUUGUUCCAAAUGGAUACCCUUCGGCAUACUAUUAUGGAGGUUAUGAUGGGCAAGGUGAUUGGAACGUUUAUUCCAGAUAUAUGAACCUUGAUGGAAGGAUGACUCAGGGUAUUUAUGGAGACAACUGCUCUUAUAUGUACCAUCAAGGUUAUGGUUAUGCACCAUAUGGAACAUAUUCACCGCCCAGUUCCUCUUCUCCAAUGAUUCAACAAGAUGGUCAGCAUUAUGCACUACAACAGUACCAGUAUCCUUGUUCUUAUUACAAAUCUCCAGCUUCUGCUGAUGUGUCAUUUAAUCCGAACAAAAUAACUGCUUCCCAAAGAGAAAUAUCAACUGCAGUUGAUGCUGAUCGUGUUGCUUCAUCAAAUGUUACUAAUAAAGGAAACAUUGUUAACAUGACCAAUAGUGAUUUUACAAACAAAAAUGGGUUAAACUCAUUUUUAACAAGUUCCCAGCACACAAAUUUGCAUGCAAAUGAGGGCCCAAGAAUGAGUGCUCAUGGUACACAGUUGCCAGUCCUGUCUGAUGUGUCCUUAGUAUCUGAUAGACGGUCCAAACUUGGAGCCAAGGUUGGAUUAUCUUCAUCAAUGGCACCUGUCAAAGACUUUACUUCUCAAAGGAAUCAAGGACUUCCUCAGCAACUUCCACCAUUUGCGAACUUGAAUGGUUCCAGACAUCCAUCUGGACUUGAAUUGGUUUCCAGUUUCAUGAACGGGAUGUAUCCAAGCAACAGGAUGUACGGCCAACAUGGGAACACAUCUAGGGUUAAUUCUCGUUUUGGAUCUGCUGCAUAUGGAUCUAGAAUGGGAUGUGCUGAUUACAAGCGCAAUGCCACAGGCAAUGGCUAUGGCCUUAACCAUUUUAAAAAAAGUAUGGAUGGUUUCAGUGAGCUAAAUAAGGGACCAAGAGCUGCCAAAAGUUCUGAUAAUAAAAAUAUCAAGAGUCCUGGAACUGUCACAUUAUUGCUGAAAGGACAGAACCUUCCAUUGAAGACCGAUAACAAAGAAGGUCCUUUGGUACCCAAUAAGGAACAAUACAGUGGGAAAGAUUUUUCUGAUAAUUAUUCUGAGGCCAAGUUUUUUGUUAUCAAAUCUUAUAGUGAGGAUGAUAUUCAUAAAAGCAUAAAGUAUAGUGUUUGGGCAAGUACCCCUAAUGGCAAUAAAAAACUGGAAGCGGCAUAUCAAGAAGCACAAGAGAAGCUUGGUAGCUGUCCCAUAUUUUUGUUAUUUUCGGUCAACACUAGUGGGCAAUUUGUUGGUUUAGCAGAGAUGUUGGGUCCUGUUGAUUUUAGUAAAAGUGUAGAUUAUUGGCAGCAGGACAGGUGGACUGGUUGCUUUUCUGUUAAGUGGCAUGUCAUAAAGGAUAUUCCAAAUAGCGCGUUGAGGCACAUAACACUAGAAAACAAUGAAAACAAACCUGUAACGAAUAGCAGGGAUACGCAGGAGGUUGAGUUUGAGAAGGGAGUUCAAGUUGCCAAAAUUUUCAAGGAGCAUUCAAGCCAAACAUGCAUCUUGGAUGAUUUUGGGUUUUAUGAGGCUCGGGAAAAGGCAAAUCAGGAGAAGAAAUCUAAGGAACAACAGUUCCCAAAACAGAUAAGCAAAUCCAGUCAUUUAACAAUAGGGUUUACAUUGCCAAAGUCUAUAGAUGCUACCUUGGCGAAUGAAUCUGCCACUGAAAAUGCAGCAGAAGAUAGAAUGAAUUCAGAGGGGCUCCUAGAAGGGGAUGGAUCGACCACAGCACUUGAAGACUCUUCUAAGAGCUGUUAA